CGAGGCGCAUUGGCGUUGACUAGGAGCGUCAGGAGUCAGGACUGAGUCGCGCUCACAGAAUCGGACUGAAGUUCAGAGUGUAGUUUAACUUUAACUUCAAGCGUCUCCGGUUAGUCUACCGGGAGGUCUGCCAUGCUCAGCGGAGCAGAGAGAGAGGAAGCAGAAUAAAGAAGCAGAAUAAAGAGCCGGACUGUGGAGGGACUCCGUUAUUAUGCUCCUGACUGUAACUCACUGAGUGGGAACGCGCUCCUGCGGGCUGUGGUGGAUACAUGGUUGACUCAAGAACACCCAGAACAUUUAUAGUGUUAUAAUUUUCUUUUCGUGGGAACUAACUGAUAACUGUUGUGAUGGAGGGCCACAUGUUGUUGACAUGGAUGCUGCUGUGUGUGCUCCUGCGGCCGACGGCCACACAGAACCCCGCACCUGAAGGAGUGCUGAACUGCUGCGAGGGCGACAUCCUCUUCUUAUUGGAUUCCUCAGGGAGCGUGUCGUCCUACGAGCACUCCCGCAUGCUCACCUUCCUGUCUGAGCUCCUCCUCCCCUUCUCGCUGGGAGAGGACCAGGUGAGGGUGGGACUUCUGCAGGUGGGCACCCGACCACGCCUCGAGUUUGGCUUUGAAACCCACAGCACCCAGAGUGGCCUCCAGGGGGCUUUUAGGAACAUCAAACCUCUCAGGGGGGACACCAACACAGUGGAGGCGCUGAAAAUGGCAAAGGAACGGGUUCUGAGACCUGGAGCGGCGGACGGGGCCCGGGCGGGGCUCCCGAGGGUGCUGGUGUGGUUGACGGACGGGGUGAAACCGGGCGAUGUGGUUGGACCAAUGGCUGAGCUGCGGGAGCAGGGUGUGGCUGUGCUGGUGGUCUCCACUGGGCAUGGCAACUAUCAGGUGUUGAGGCAAGUGGUGAGUCCGCCCGUGGAGGACCACCUGUACUUUGUGGACAUCGAUGAUAUGAGCAUCAUCACAGAGGACCUGCGGGACGCCAUCAUUGAGAUUAUCCGAGCCGAGCGAAUCACCGUCCGCGACGUCUCCACCAACUCGGCCACGCUCCAGUGGCGGCCCGUUCUGUCAGGUUUGACGGGCCAUUACGAGAUUCGCUUCAGUCCGCUUCCGACGGCAGGAACAGGGGUCGGUGGAGGAGGUGGAACUGGGACCAGUCCGAGCACCAGUGGCAGUCAUUACCAGAGACUAACCCAGUCUGCAGAUUCCAGCACUGCCAGGCUAACGGGCCUGAAGUCUGACACCACCUAUACCGCCACACUGACCCCGGAGUCCAAUGAACAAGCCUUUAACGCACUCUCCGUCACCUUCACUACAAAGCCAGAGGUGCUGAGCCCAUCUGUGGUAACGGUCUCCGAGUCGGGGCAAUCAAGCGUCCGGGUGAGUUGGGGUCCUUCUCAGCCGGAGACGGUCACAAGUUACUACGUCGAGUACUCCGCCCUGCCCAGGGGCAAGCUCCACGCUGUCACUGUGGGCAAGACGCAAAACUCCACGCUCCUCAGGGACCUCCAACCAGAUACCACUUACUUGGUCACCGUUAGUGCCCGGCACGCCUCGGGCACGGAGAAGGCCAUGUCGGUCAAAGUGUGUACUCAGGAAGUGACUCCAGCCCUGGCAGACCUCCAGCUGACCACAGUGGGUAGUGACUCAGUGCAGGUUGACUGGAAGAGCAGCGUAGGAGGUCUGAGGGGCUACUGGCUCACCUGGGAUGGACAGGAAAGCUCUGACCCUGUCCAGCACUCCUCCCUCUACUUGCCUCCCGACUCUCUGUCAACGCGCCUCACACACCUCCCCCCAGCGACUAGAGUGUGUGUGUCGCCCAUUUACCGGACGGCGCGAGGAGAGGGACUGUGUUGCACGGCACAGUUCCAUUCAAAUGCAUUAUCAUACGGCCACCAAUCAUAGCACCCCUGAGCUGCAAGUGCACCUUACCAAACAUGGAGGGACGGCGGCGAGAAGAAUGCUGACUUUCAUCCAUAACUCUUUUCCGAGUCGCUCCCCUCUGUGGAUAUCAUCCAGGAGAGAUGUGUGGUUUGGCUCACUGAGCACUCAUGUUGAAGCCAUAGACACUUAAGAGUGGUCUGGGACAAUAUGGCCACAUGUUGACUGCUACAAUCUGCAACACAGAGGAAUGUUUGCUUUUCCAUUUCUUUUGUCUCAUCUGGUUUACACCUGUAGGAAAUGCAUAAUGUUUCAGUUUAGACAUGCAUUAGAAAAAUAUAUUUCUUGGGUCUGUUUUGCAGAUACAGAGCAGGGCAUGCUGGGAAUGUUGGUGUGGCUUGUUUUGGAAAAAGGCUUUGCACCAUAUGUGGGCCUCAUGCCCAAAUCGGCAUAUUUUUCAAAUCCUGCUAACACAUAAACCAUCUGAUUUACAUUUAUAAUGAAUACUUAUGAGAUGCACUUAAAUGACUUCUCUUUCAGCACAUGUUUGACUCUUGUGUAUGCACACUGGAGCGCAACAAGGGAACGUUAACAUGAAGUCCCUAAUAUCUUCAGGAUUGCUUCGAACUUUCAAGAAUUUACAGUCCACAUGCCCUGACACUGACACUACGGAGAUGCUGCAUAUGAUACAAAUGUGUGUAACUGAGAGUAAUUAUAGUCUGUGGACAUAGAUCCAUCUUUCAUAUUUAUUAAUCAAGAAUCAUGUAAGUAUGAUAAUUAAUAGCAUACAGUAUUUACAGACCUGCCGUUUACAUAUUAAGACUGUUACCUUUAUUAAGUGAGUCUCUGCUGCCCCCUACUGAAAGCAUCCUUACAGGCUUACAGCUCAUCUUUUACUGUUCUCCUCUCAGAGUAAGUGUAUUGUUUUAUGUUUGUUGACCACUAUUGAAAUUUAACAUGAGCUUGCAAUAAAGUCCUUUAAUAAUUUUGUUUAUACUAA